AUGUCACGUUAUACGAAACAAUUAAAUUGUCGAUUUCAUCCAGAUGCUGUUCUUGUGGAAGAUUAUCGUGCUGGUGAUAUGAUUUGUCCAGAAUGUGGUCUUGUUGUUGGUGAUCGAAUGAUUGAUGUCGGCUCUGAGUGGCGAACAUUUAGUAAUGAUAAGGAAGCAAAAGAUAUGUCGCGUGUUGGUGGUGCCGAAAAUCCAUUGUUAGAAGGUGAAGGACUUGAAACAAUAAUAUCAGGUGGUACUGGAGACGCUGCACUUGAUGAAUUUGGAAAUCAAAAAUAUCGUAAUGGAAGACGUCAGAUGUCGAGUAGUGAAAAAGCUCUUCGAAGUGGCAUUGAAGCAAUUCGAGUUAUGGCUGGUCGAAUCAAUUUACCACAUAAAAUAAUUAAUCGUGCUGGAAUAUUAUUCAAACACUGUUAUGAACAAAAAUGUUCACGAGGACGAAGUCAAGAUGCUAUUGUUGCCACAUGUAUAUAUAUUGCUUGUCGAGAAGAAAAAAUGCCACGAACUAUCAAAGAAAUAUGUGCUAUAUCGCAUUCAUCUAAAAAAGAUAUUGGACGAUGUUUUAAACAAAUAAUUGCUAGUUUACCAAAUACUUCACCUCCCGACUCAAUUGAUCUGAAAAAUCUUAUGCCUCGUUUUUGUAAUCACCUUCAAUUCGUAAAUGAAACAUUAAUUCAAAGAACAGCUAUUUUUAUUGCUGAAAAAGCGAAAGAAAUAUGUGAUGUACAAAGUCGUAAUCCAACGUCUAUCGCUGCUGCUUCGAUAUUUAUGGCGGCAGUAGCUGGAGGUGAAAGAAAAACAAUGAAAGAUGUACAAGAGGCCACAGGCGUGGUAGAUACAACGAUUCGUCAGAUAUAUAAAAUUAUAUUACCAAAAGCAACAGAAUUAUUUCCCAAUGAUUUUAUUUUCAAAGUAUUGCCAGUCAAUUUUCCAACAUCUUGA